AAAGGGGAAAGGGGCCAAAUGGUUCUGCGGUCACAUGCCGCGGGGUCUAGUGGGAGGAGCAGUUGCCCAGCGGCCACCCGGAGCUUCCUGUUUCCGGUUCCCAGAGUGGAGCUCAGCUAGUCGCUAGGAGGGACGCUGGCUCCGCCACGAGCUCUGGGACCCGGGUCUGUGGCCGGCCCCUCGCUUGCCCUGUCUCCGAGCGACGGGCAGCUGCUGGGCCGGGGGUUCUGAGCUUUGCCUGCUCUCUUUGCACGUGACAUGAUGUCCCCCCUCCACAGCUCCUGGAGGACUGGCCUGCUCCUGCUGCUGCUCUUCUGCGUGGCAGUCAGAGAAUCUUGGCAGACUGAAGAGAAAACAUGCGACCUGGUGGGAGAAAAGGGUAAAGAAUCAGAGAAAGAGUUGGCUCUCCUGAAGAGGCUGACACCACUAUUUAACAAAAGCUUUGAGAGCACCGUGGGCCAGAGCCCAGACAUGUACAGCUAUGUGUUCCGGGUGUGCCGAGAAGCUGGCAACCACUCCUCUGGGGCAGGCCUGGUGCAGAUCAACAAAAGUAACGGGAAGGAGACAGUAGUUGGGAGAUUCAACGAGACUCAGAUCUUCAAUGGAAGUAAUUGGAUCAUGCUCAUCUAUAAAGGGGGAGAUGAAUAUGACAACCACUGUGGCAGGGAGCAGCGGCGGGCAGUGGUGAUGAUCUCCUGCAAUCGACACACCCUAGCGGACAACUUUAACCCUGUGUCUGAGGAGCGAGGCAAAGUCCAAGAUUGUUUCUACCUCUUUGAGAUGGACAGCAGCCUGGCGUGUUCCCCAGAGAUCUCCCACCUUAGCGUGGGUUCUAUCUUACUUGUCACGUUUGCCUCACUGGUCGCAGUCUAUAUCAUCGGGGGGUUCCUGUACCAGCGACUGGUGGUCGGAGCCAAAGGAAUGGAGCAGUUUCCCCACUUGGCCUUCUGGCAGGAUCUUGGCAACCUGGUAGCAGAUGGCUGUGACUUUGUAUGCCGCUCUAAACCCCGAAAUGUGCCUGCUGCCUAUCGUGGUGUGGGGGAUGAUCAGCUGGGGGAGGAGUCAGAAGAAAGGGAUGAUCAUUUAUUACCAAUGUGAUUGCACUUUAGAUGUCCAGCUUCUUCAGCCCCCAAACCAAAGCAUCCUCUGGCAGAUUUCUGAAGCAGCCUCCACUCCAGUCUCUCAUCUCACCCUCAGUCUCGCUCUUGCUUCUGGUUUGCUUUCGGUUUGCAUCCACCUGUCAGUAGUAGAAAUGCCUUUCCCUUUGUUCCCUGUUUGGUUUUCCCUCCUGAGAGGUACAGCUGCAGGACAAAGAUAAUGUAAUAGGGCCAAUCACAGCAGAGGCUGUUGCACUGUGUCUUUAUACCAGAAAGUACAAGUAGAGGAGUUACUGUGAGCAAAAGGGUGCAGCAGGCUCCCUGACUUUCUUUUUUAAACACAUUUUCACAAGUUUUUGAGACACUGGAUUUCUUUAAUUAAAAAAAAAAACAUUA